AUGACAGAAGAAAAUCCCAAGAUAGACGUUCUUUCCAUUCAUGAAACCGUCUCGGAAUUCAUCGGUGUAAGGCAGAUUCUUUGCAAGUUCAAAACUGCUCUUUGCCCAGAUCGCUGUGGCCAUUGUGCUGAUGUUUACACAUUCAAGGUGUUAGAAUAUACAAAAUACGAGAAACCAGGUGAGUAUGGAGAUGAUCAGCAGAAGGAGCUCCAUAUCAAUACAAAAGAGCAUGUCUUUGGACAAGAUCCAAGCAUUUUGGAGAAAUGCAAGCACCUCGAAGAAGGAAAGAAGUAUAGAGUUUGCUACAAGCAUCUCUAUGUUGAUGAUGGCUCAAAUGCUCGCCCUGAAAGGCCAUUUACCGAAAUAUCACCAAUAAAUUAA